AUGAACAACCUCAAGCGUCGUUGGGAUCCUGGCCAGGAUGUAGUAAAUGGCCAAUUCGCUCCCUGCAGUAAGAUACCUAGAUUAGAGUACGUAUCACUUGGGUUCCGAUCAACCGAAGCAGGGUUCGCCAUCCGUGCUCGAGCUAAUGGUUUCUUGGGAAGACCGCCAGAUCUCGCCGAUUACCUAGAUAUUUCCUCAGAAACGAACUAUGCUCCCCUGACCCCGGAGAACCGUGUUCAGAAUGACGACGUGGUUUGCUAUGGCGCGUUGUAUGAGGGUCGAGUCUCCCACCGCGGGAGAAAGGCAUCCUUUCAGAAGUUUUGUAGAUCGGCUGGUUCCUUGGAACGCUUCUCGGUCUCACGGAAGCAUGAAAGUUGUUUCACAAUCAAAGACCAGGCCCAGAAUGACUUCGCUGUUCUCGACAUGGCGACUGCUACCGCACUCGAUGGCUUGGAAGGACUCGAGAAUAUAACCUUUCAAGCUGUUCCGCAACCACUUAUAGGAAAUCAACCCAGCCCAAGUCAAAUUAUUGACGUCUCGAUCAACAUAUACGGCCCCAUGCGGCACUAUCGGGAAGUUGGGUCUCGGCUUUCAAGACUAAAAUACAAUCUUCAGCAUCCAGAUGCGAUCGAUUCCGGUGUCCGAUAUGACAACCCUCAUUAUUUCAAGCGCUCAUCUACACAUCUAGAGAUGCAGCAGUUCAUAGGGCCGGUUUAUAAUGUGGAGCGAACCCUGCAGUCUGUUUACUCCGAAGUGAAAAGACUCCUGGACACGCUUGACGCUGUUGACUCGGCAGGCGAUAUCCCAGCCACGGAGAAACUUCUGACACCUCUUCUCGCUCUCCAAAUUCCCUUCGGUGGCUCGCAAAAUGACCGGCUAAAACAGUCAACCGGUGGCAUUAUAGCGGAUACUAUGGGCCUGGGCAAGACAUUCACAAUGCUAAGUGCCAUUGUGCUUUCAUUGGAGGAGGCUGCUGAAUUCAUGCAGUCCACUGACCGCUGCUUUGAAGGCAACCACUGUGUGAUUCCAACUAAGUCUACACUCGUCAUUGUACCAUCGACACGUAUGUUCCCUUCUUAUAACGUUCCUAUCGCCGUCAAUAAUCUGAAUAUGGAAGAACUCUUCGAUGUCUGGAUAUCAGAAAUGGAGUGUCAUAUUGCCCCUAAUUCGAUGCGCCUUUUGAUAUUCCACGGCCCCCAGAAGAAACUCGAUGCGAAGGAUUAUCUAACGUCGGAUAUUGUGUUGACCACGUACUCGACACUGGCAAGCGAUUCUCACUGGAUUCGAACGCCCGCUAGCAAGCAGUUCCGUGCGGUCACACAACUGCAAGCGUGUCGCCGAUGGUGUCUGACAGGCACGCCAAUCCAGAACAAACUCGAGGACCUCGGCGCUCUCGUGGCCUUUCUCAAAACUCCGCCGUUUGAUGAUAGAUCUCAGACGAGAUUUAAGCAGCACAUUAUUGAUCCACUAUUCUCGGGUAUGAAGGAUCCAAGUCAGAAUUUGCGACUGCUCCUCCAGUCUCUAUGUUUGAGGAGAACCAAGCAUAGCAGCCAAAACAUAACUGUAAACACAGAGUUAAUCAAACUCUCAUUAUCCGCAGCGGAAAGAACUGCGUAUGAUGAAAUUCUGGAAAAAACAAAGCAAGAAAUGGAUCACCUGGUCAGUUCCAAUCUCGGAGCACGCAAGUAUACCAAGCUCUUCACGGCCAUGCAUCUACUACGCGUGUUAUGUGUCCAAGGUACUGCUUGUCGAAGCUGGAACUCUCGGUCAUCUUCCCCUACUCAGCCGUUUGAAAUAAAUGGCUCCGAACCGCGCUGCGAAAUAUGUGACGAUGAGUUCACCCAGUCGUUCAAGGCCGAGUGUUCGUUCUGUCCGGGUUGCUCUCGACUCCUAUCCGAUCCUCCCAGUAGUGGUGGUAUCGUUUUCUCCGCGUGGACAAAAACACUCGACAUUUUGUGCAUGAAACUGGAAGAGCUGGGGCUCAACCACGUGCGAAUCGACGGCGACGUGAGCAGAUUAGAUCGAACUCGGCGCCUCCACGAUUUUCAAACGUCGCCGUCGAUCCCAAUCCUACUUAUGACAUACGGCACAGGCGCAGUGGGAUUGAAUCUUACUGCCGCAAACCGGAUCCAUAUCCUUGAACCGCAAUGGAACCCUUCGGUUGAAGAGCAGGCUAUCGGCAGAGCUGUUCGGCUCGGUCAAUCAAGAGAGGUGACGGUGGUGAAAUACGUGGCCGAGCGCACUGUAGAAGAGGUGUGA